AUGCAAACAAAGGCUAUCAUUCAGGUUAUGGAUGAGCAACAAAGCUCAUCUCGAACACAGAUAUUGUCAGCUAAUACGUUGACAGCAGCCUCUGGAGAUGUUAUUACCGUAAUUCCUGGAGCUCCUAAAGCUCAAGUUUCGACCGCAUCUUUGCCCGCACAGCUGUUGUAUGCUUACGACUCUGAUCUUUCGCAGCAUGCUAGUUUGCUACCACUACCAAGCGAAAACAAGGAACAGAAAUUAGUACCAUUACAUGAGUGUUCUUCUUCUCACACAGCUAAAAAUCAAUCCAACUCAAUUUCCAUGGGCAAAAGUGAUUCUAGCACGCAAACUGAGAUUUUAUCUCUUAAUACAUCUGCUAAAAUCUCUGUCAAAGAAUCAAAACUUGUUCCAGAACGAAAGACGAGAAAGAAAGUGCCUGUUAUUCGCUCAUUUAGAUCUACUCAAGAGUUAUUCAGAAUCUAUCUUCAAACUGACAUUAAUAAUAUUCUCGUUAAAAAUAUAGAAACAAAUACACAUUAUCGCCAUCUAUGGUUCUUAGCAUUGAAAACAUCUGUCUCUACCUCAUCCUUCCUCCUCCAAAUACUCGAACAAAUAGCACAGUACAUCUUUGAUUAUAUUUCUACUCAAUCGGAUAAUGAAAUAUUUAUCGAUACAAUUAUUUCCAUCUAUACAGAUAUUGCUAAUCUUCUUUCUUCUGUGUCUGAAGAAGCACAACAACGACAUUCCCUUUCGUCAAUCUAA